AUGAUGAUGAUGACGAUGGUGGUGACGAUACUUACAAUGCUCAUAUUCGUCAGUUUCCAGCAUACACAGAUUUCGAGACUUAGUUCACUAUUGUCACCUCAAACAAUAGUCGUUGUACAAGUUGAUCUGGUACCAUUCGUUAGAUACAGUAUGGCUCCAGCCGCUGACCAUAUGUGGCUCACAAUUAUGCUCGAUGUAAAUGUGAGAAGCUUUCUCAUCUUCACGACGCUAACUCUUCUGCUUUCGUUUCUAUGGCGAUAUUACGUAACGAAAGUUUACCAGCCGGGCAGACGAUUAAAAGGACCAUGGGGAGUUCCACUGUUUGGUAACGUGUUUCAGCUAGGAAGCGAACCCCAUCUAUCAAUGACUAAAUUGAGAUAUGUAUAUGGCGACAUUUUCCGAAUACACAUUGGUCGUUAUCCGGUAGUUUUCGUUAAUGGUUACCAUUGCAUUAAACAGGCUUUGCUGUCACAGUCGGUUGUCUUUGCUGACCGCCCACAGUUCCCAUCAUAUCGGCACAUAAGUGAUGGGCUGAGUUUAGCGUUCGCUAGAUAUGGAGACGUGUAUCGAAUGCAAAAGAAAAUCGGCAACAACGCGCUUCGGAUAUUUACUCACGGCCGUAAGCUAGAAACACUGGAAGGUAAGACAUCAAGCGAGAUUUUGGAGAUGAUUAGCGGUUUAACAAAUAACAAUAACAAAUGUGGGAAUAUUAUUGAUCCUCAGCAAGCGAUCAAAAUAUGUACCGCUAACAUCAUAUGUAGUGUAGCGUUUGGGAAACGCUAUGCACACCAAGACGAGCAGCUUCAACGGGUUGUUACAUUGAGCGACAGGUUUAAUGACGGUGUUGGUCUAGCGAAUCCAACAGACUUCAUGCCGUGGUUAAAAUUCAUCCCAAACCCGAAAGCUAAACAGUUAAUGGAAAUAUUGUCUGAAUUAAAUGAUUGGAUGUCAAGAAAGCUCAACGAGCGUCGACAGAGAUAUAAAUCUGGCCAACAACGCGAUAUCAUUGAUUACUUACUUAAAUCAAGCCGAGAAACUGAGCGUGAACUGGUACGUGAAAUAGGGAUCACCGAGGACAGUAUUUUAGCUAUCGCACGAGACGUCUUUGGGGCUGGUUUUGAUACUACUUCUACAUGUAUCAACUGGGCGCUUUUAUAUUUGGCGAAGUACCCUAAUAUUCAGAAUAAAAUUGCCCAUGAGUUGGAUAAAGUAGUUGGCCGUGACCGGCUCCCGGCGUUAGCUGACCGCGACCAGUUAGUGUACACUGGUGCUUUUAUACUAGAGCUGUUUCGACACUCCUCCGUCGUUCCAUUUGGUCUUCCACAUGCCACAACCAGGGAUACAACGCUGGAAGAUUAUUUUCUUCCGAAAGGUACUGUCGUGUUUUUCAAUCUAUGGUCAGUUAAUCAUGAUCCCGAUGUUUGGCCAGAACCCAGUCGGUUUAGUCCUGAGAGAUUUCUUACAUGCAACGGUACCGCCAUUGACAAAGAAGCCAGUAACAAAACACUGACAUUUUCCGCAGGAAGAAGAAAAUGUUUGGGAGAACAUCUUGCGUGGAUUGAAGUAUUCUUAGCCAUUUCAAUUCUGGUUCAACAAUGUGAAUUCGCGGAAACGCAGAGCGGCUUGCCCAGUUUAGACGGCAGAUACGGCUUGGCUCUUCGACCGCAAUCGUUUCAGCUAGUAAUUAAACCACGAGAGGUUAAUUGCAAUUACAGUCGCGAAAUGGAAUUAUUCCCUCCGGAUUUGAAAAUAUAG